AUGACUCUGGUUGCUCGAGAGAAAGCGAAUACAGUCAAAUCUACGACAGUAAAUAAGGAUAUGUCAUAUAUGUGGCAUCUUCGUCUGGGUCAUAUUGGGCAUGACGGGUUGAGCGCAAUCAUCAAGAAGAACCUCGCCACUGGUAUCGAUAUUGCGUCUGUAAACAAGUGGGAAAUUUGGGAUGGAUGUGCGCUAGGCAAGCAGACUCGUGUACAAUUUCAAUCAAGGUCAACGGAUCGGGCAAGCAAGCUUUUGGAAGUUAUACACAGCGUUGUGUGCGGUUCUAUGAAGCCUUCAACGUUUAGUGGCAAGCGUUAUUUUGUGACUUUCAUCGACGACAAUUCCAGAUAUUGCGUCGUGUAUCUGAUCAAGAAUAAGUCAGAAGUGGUGGACAAGAUUGCAGAUUUCGUUGCAUUCGCAGAUAAGCAGACCAGCAAACGCGUAAAGUCACUUCGCAGUGACAAUGGUGAUGAGUAUACAUCAGCAACAAUGGCCAAGUUUUGCUUGUAUAAAGGAAUUGUGCUCAAGUAUACGCGACCAUACACACCACAGCUCAACGGGGUUGCGGAGCGUAUGAAUCGGACGCUUGUGGAGUGCGCACGUUGCAUGUUGGAGCACGCUGGGCUUUCUAAACACUACUGGGGAGAAGCAGUAAUGACAGCAAUGUUUCUCCAAAAUCGCCUAAAAGUAUUUGGCUGCCACGCGUUUGUACACAUUCCAAAAGAGAAACGCUCGAAGGUGGAUGCGAAAGCCGUGCUGUGCCGAUUUUCGGGCUAUUCAGAGCACCAGAAAACGUAUCGGUUAGAGGAAAGAUCAACUGGUAAAAUCAUCAUGAGUCGUGCCGCACAGUUUAAAGAAGGCACCUUUGACGAUGAGAACAAGAGCUACAACAAAAUUGUCACGAGUCAAGAUGAUGACAAAGAUGAUGACGAAGAAAUUUUGACAGACAAUGACAUGGAUUCGGAAGCAGAGCAGACUGACGACCAAAACAUUGAUACGAACUUUGAGCUGGGAAGCAAACGACAUACCC